AUGGUUCGUUCUCAGCAAUCAGAUGCAACUAGCACUACUGCCGCGAUGACCCCUAUUCCGUUCUCACCUUUCUCAUCUGCCAACUCCAUUGGGAGUGAAGGCACUGGCACCUCCGAAGGUAUGUCUUUGGUAGGAUCGACUCAUUGGCGCUUGGCGUUGACGCUUAUAUCCCGUUCUCCCGCCCUUACUCCCACGUCGGCAUAUAUAGAACCUGGAGACCUCGGGGCAUUCUCCACCAUCUUUCGUGCCCUCACUCAACUCCAUCCACGUCAACCAUUCAACUCUCUUCCAGUGUUGCAAAUGGACGAGGCAGGCUCCGGCGCAGCAACAGAAAUGGAUGAUACGCCUGCUGAGUCGGGCCUCCAAUUUCCUUCAUCAUCAUCCUCCCUCACCUCCCCAUCCGAUUCUGAUGGGCCCUCUAGUGACUCUGUCGCGUUGUUCAACCAAAACGGCGUUGGGUCCACCCUAUGGAAACAGGGUGGAAUAGACAUGUACCUUACUACUUCGUCGCGUAGCGACCUUGAAGAUAACACGGAGGAAGAUGGGCCUACUUUGGGGAUGCUCGAAUCCGCUCUCGUCUUUCUUGCAACGGAGCGAGCCCGAUUGAAGUCCAAGCUCGAUGAAAGUUUUUCCACUGCGGAAACAGACGGCGGUCUAACAUCGUCAUUACAGUCGCGGCCCCCCAGAAAAGGAAAAAGAGAGCGCCGCAUGGCAAAGAAAAAACGAAUGAGAGACCUCGAGGCUGCCAUUGAUGGUGAUGAGAGUCGCGCGGAGACUAUUGAAGAAGCGUCUUCCAACGAAUCUCUUGAUCUCGGCGAUGGGAUUGUUUCCUCUAGGAAAAAAGCCUCCGUUCCCGAUGCUUCGGGCAUCACACCCAUCUUUCGCCAAUCGACACGGUCGUCUAAGCGCGGUCGAGCAGCAAACAAGCGAAGGAGUGAUCAUCUGUCUCCUUCCUUCCAAUCGUCUAUUGCCUCUGUCCCCACACCUGAAUCAGUCACACUAAAGGCUCAUCUCACUUCGUUGGCCUUGCGGUUAUCCGAACAGUUUCCCUCAGACGCUAAGAUAUUGACAAAUAUGACGUUCGAUACGGAUCGACUAGUUGCCGGCGCUGCAAGUUUUAAUUUAAGUAACCGAUUGGAAAUGGAGGGGUUUUACGAACCUAGGGAUGUCACAGCGGCGGGAUCCGUUGGGAAGCCAAACAAGAGUCUCAUGCAUGUGUUCGUUGAUCAUUCUAACAUCCUUGUCGGUUUUCUUGAAUGGCUGAAAAAACAACCACAACAGCCUUCUAAGCUUUCCGUACCUGGUGGGGCUUGGACUGCUCCAAAGAUAAAUAAGCCCAGGCUGUCGCAUGCGUCCCUCAUUUUACUCCUCGAGCGCGGCCGAACAUGCGGUCGGCGCGUGCUUGUGGCCUCUUCACCCCUCCAUCAGGGUGUCGAUGAUAUUAUUGAGAUGGGUUACGAAGUAAGCGUUCUUCAACGCGUAGCCAUUAAAGAAGGCUUGUCAAAUGGUCCUGUAACUUUGAAUGGGAAGUCACGCUGGGCGCCCGUCCACAGUCGCAACACCAGUAGUGCAAGUCAGAGCUCGUUUACUAGCAGUGCUGGUAUUGGAAAUCCCGUACAGCAAUAUCAUGGCAACAGUUCAGCAGCGCAAUUGGGUUCUGGUGGAUCAUCGACGGAGUCUGGAGGGAAAGAGAUGAAGGGGUUGGAGAGGCACGGUAAACCAUCGAACGGAAAUGGUGCUCCGGUUGUACUGGGACAUAGGAGGUAUGGAUCUGCACCAAGUACCUUCUCUUCGGGACAGACCACAUCCAAUCUCCAGCAUUCCCGACUCUUCACGAAUCUGCUCAACUCAGCGUCCCAUUCACCUUUUGACCGGCCAUCCCUCAUUGAGUCGCCUUCUCCCCCAAACGGUGGCAACAUCACUCCUUCUACAAACGCUCGUGGUGCAGCGCGGUACAGAGAAGAGGCAGUAGACGAACUCCUCCAGCUAAAACUACUUCAAGUCCUUGUGGCAUCCACAGAUAAGCCUCCCCGCGGCUCAACCAUAGUCCUAGCAACGGGUGAUGGCGCCUCGAGUCAAUUCAACAAAGACGGGUUCCUCGGGUGUGUGCGGCAGGCGGUCGAACGGGGGUGGAGGGUGGAGUUAGUCGCCUGGGAAGAAACGAGAAGUCGUGCUUGGAGCGAGCUAGCAUAUGAAAUAAAGAGGAGGAGGAGCAGUGGGGAAAUGGGCAAGGGAUUUGGUGGCGGCCUGCAUCUCGUGAGUCUGGAGAGGUGGGGGCGGGACCUAUUGGACCCCAGCUGUCACUAG